AUGAGCAGCCAGGUGUCGUCCUCGCCGUCGACGACGACGGUGUCGUCGACGCCACGGAGCGAGGGCGAGAUCCUCCAGUCGGCCAACAUCAAGAGUUUCGCCUUCACGGAGCUGAUUUUCAGCUGGCUGCUGCUGCUGCUGCCCCCGGUAGCGCCGGCACCGUGCUGCCGCGUCCGGCACUCGCACCGGCGGCCGGCGGGGCACGCCUUCAAGUACGCCGUGCGCUACGUCCUCGUGGACCUCGACCACCUCGUUGUUGUUGUAAAUUUUCCUCAUUUGCGCUGA